ACGGCUUCCGUGUCAAAGAGGCGAAUUGACGUCAAUGGCAGUUUUGGAUUGGUUUUGGCCGCUUCCGGUGGAGCAGAGAAACCGUUCGACAGUUGAAGAGAAAAUAAUAACAAGCUAAAAUCCCAGGUCUGAAGCGAGACAGGUCAGCAUGGCAUCAAGCAGUGAAGAGGAGAGGAGCCUUCGCGAGUGCGAGCUCUAUGUGCAGAAGCACAACAUCCAGCAGCUGCUGAAAGACUGCAUCGUGCAGCUGUGCACGGCGCGGCCUGAGAGACCCAUGGCUUUCCUCCGAGAGUACUUUGAGAGACUUGAAAAGGAGGAGGCUAAGCAGUUGAUUAACCAACAGAAGGCAAGCUCACGUUCAGACUCGCGUGAGGAUGAGGUUUCUCCUCCCAUGAACCCGGUGGUAAAGGGUCGUAGGAGAAGAGGGGCCAUCAGUGCUGAGGUCUACACUGAGGAGGAUGCUGCCUCUUAUGUCAGAAAGGUUAUUCCUAAAGACUACAAAACUAUGGCAGCCCUUGCCAAAGCUAUUGAAAAGAAUGUGCUUUUCUCACACUUGGAUGACAAUGAAAGAAGUGAUAUUUUUGAUGCCAUGUUCCCAGUCACUUACAUUGCUGGAGAGACUGUUAUUCAGCAGGGUGAUGAAGGUGACAACUUCUACGUAAUCGACCAGGGCGAAAUGGACGUUUAUGUGAACAAUGAGUGGGCAACCAGCAUUGGCGAAGGUGGCAGUUUCGGUGAGUUGGCACUGAUCUAUGGUACUCCACGCGCGGCCACUGUCCGAGCUAAGACCAAUGUCAAACUGUGGGGCAUCGACAGAGACAGCUACAGGAGAAUACUGAUGGGAAGCACUCUGCGAAAGAGGAAGAUGUAUGAAGAGUUCCUUAGUAAAGUAUCCAUUCUCGAGUCACUGGAUAAAUGGGAGCGCCUGACGGUGGCUGACGCUCUGGAGCCGGUGCAAUUUGAGGAUAGCCAGAAGAUUGUAGUACAGGGAGAACCAGGGGAUGAGUUCUUCAUCAUACUGGAGGGAUGUGCAGCUGUACUGCAGAGACGAUCUGAGAAUGAGGAGUUUGUAGAAGUGGGUCGCUUGGGACCUUCAGACUACUUCGGUGAGAUUGCAUUGUUAAUGAAUCGACCACGUGCCGCCACUGUAGUGGCCCGGGGCCCUCUGAAGUGCGUCAAGCUGGACCGGCCACGUUUUGAACGAGUGCUGGGUCCCUGCUCAGACAUCCUUAAACGCAACAUCCAGCAGUACAACAGCUUUGUGUCACUGUCUGUCUGAACACAUACUUGUACUCUUCAAUAGCAGGGUUCCACUCAUGCAGGUGGCUUUUAUUUCCUUUUUACUCUUCUUUUAUUGCUCACCAAUGUAAGCAUAUUUCAUCUGCACUCGAACAUUGCACUUGCUAAAAACAGCAAAAUGGCAUCUGUUCUAUCUCAGCAUUGACAUACCAGUGAGCAGACAAUCAAAACUUACUAUGAAUUCACAGCCUUUACUGGGCAUCAUUUUUACAUUUAACUAUUUAAAACAAAUGGAGGGGUGAGAUUAUAUUUUUAAAAAGUCUAUUCAAAAGACACGUUUUCGUUUUAGCUUGCUUUACUUUAGUUGAAUUAGUUUUCUAAGAAUAGUUUUGUAAGAUACUAACUGAAUUAGAAGGUAUAUGAAAAUCGUGAGAACUUUCCCUAUCACAGUUAUACACAGAAACUGUAAGCAUGCUUUAUAAAGCUGUAAUGUGUCUUGCCCCCACCGAAGUAACUGUUUCUUGAAUAUACACACAUCAAUAAGAUGUCCUUUGAAUGUAGCAUCCCCUGACGUGAAGGAAUUAUAAAUAUAUAUGUAUACACUCAUCAUCCACUUUAAUAGGAACACCUAUACACCUUCUAAUUUAUGUAGUUACAGUUCAUGUGGCAGCAGCACAAUGCAUAAAAUCAUGCAGAUACAGGUAAAGAGCAUCAGAUAAUGUUCAAAUCAAACAGCAGAAUGGGGGAAAAGUGUGAUCUCUGUGAUUUUAACCAUGGCACAUGGUUGUUUGUGCCAGAUGGGCUGGUUUGAGCAUUUCAGAGACUGCUGAUUUUCUGGGGUUUUCACACACAACAGUCUCUAGUGUUUACACAGAAUGGUGCAAAAAACAUCCUGUGAGCAGAGGGUCUGCAGCGUGAAAUACCUUGCUGAUGAGAGAGCUUGAAGGAGAAUGACCAGACUGGUCUGAGCUGACAGGAAGUCUAUAGUAACUCAAAUAAGCUCUCUUUACAUUCGUGGUGAGCAGAAAAGCAUCUCAGAAUGCAUAACAUAACAAACCUUGAGAAGACCGGACAGUUGACCAAAAAGACCAGCUGAUCUUUUGGGUAAGGCUGUGCCCAUGAUAGCUUCAGAUUUCUGCUGGCUGACAGGAGUGGAACCUGAUGUGGUCUUCUGCUGUUGUAGCUCCUCCACCUCAUGGUUCAAUGUUUGGUUCAUGCUAAGAUGCUUUUCUGCUCACCGUGUUUGUAAAGUGUGAUUAUAUGAGUUACUAUAUCCUUCCUGGCAGCUCGAACCAAUCUGGCCAUUUUCUGCUGAUCUCUCUUAUCAACAAGGUGUUUCCACACACAGAACUGCUGCUCACUCAAUGUAAACUCUACAGACUGUUGUGUGUAAAAAGCCCAGGAGAUCAGCAGUUUCCAAAAUCACACUUUUACCACAUUCUGAUGUUUGAUGUGAACAUUAACUGAAGCUCCUGAUCUGUAUCAAGGGGUACAGGGGUGUGUGUGUGUGUGUGUGUGUGUGUGUGUGUAUACACACACACUCUCACUGUACACUUUAAUAGGAACACCUGCACACCCAUUACAGAAUUUCUAACCAUUAUUUCAUUGAUCUUGUGUUCAUCUUGCUAGGAAUGAUCUCUCUUUCACUUGCACCAAGGCUUUAUUUGAAUGGAAGUGAUAGUUUCACCGGGGUUCAAAGCCAGUGCCAAAAUGCAAGUCACAACAAGAAGUCUUAUUCAAAUUAUUACAGUCCUAAUACCAGCCAAGAAUAUUUCCAGUUAUCACAUUAGCAAUUAAGCAAAAUAGCAAGAUUUAACAGACUGUAAAUCUCCAGUAUUAGCAAUGCCAGUUUCAGUAAGUUGUUCCAUACUGUCGUUUUUAAUUUCAAUAAGUUUACUUUAGGAGCUUUGUGCCAUAUUAAUUAAUGUAUGCGUGCUUUUUCUGAACUUCAUGCAACAACACAUUGUUUUGUGCAAAAUAUGUUUUUGUGGUUUUGUGUUUGUAAUGUAGAAUAAAUAGCACAAUUUCAAUGCAUAAAGGCUGUAAAAAUAUAUGAUGGUGAGUCAAAUGAAAACCUUAAAAUUGCGACAAAUUAGAAUUAAAGCAAAUUUGUUUCUAAAAGAAUCCAGGCACUCAUUACACACUGGAACACUUGUAUUGAACUAAAUGUAGGUUAUAUAGAAAAAUGAAAAAACACCUAUUUGCAAUAACCAAAAAAAAUAAAUAAAUUUAAAGAAGUUAAUGUUUUCAUUUGACUUGCCCUUUUAUUUACAGGAUACCUGUUUUUAAAGUGUAUAAGCCAUAGAGAAUGCCCAGUGCCCUCUCUCAUCAUUGUUACACUUUAUUCCUUCACAUUAUAUAUUUAUUAAAUAGUAUUUUAUGCCCUAAGGUACCCAGAGUUUCUCACUCACAGUCUAUAUGAUCAUCUAUCUUUCUAUGUAUAAAAACAUAUAUUAAUCUAGCUUUGCUUGGCUUUUGUUACUAAAGACUCUAUACUCUUGCUAGCCCAAACCUUGAGCUGGUUUCUUGACACUUGCAGUCAUUAGAACUGCAGGUACCAUAAACAGUGGACCAUAUGUUCUUUUUCUUUUUUAAAUUUGAUUUCAGUUUUGCGUUGAUUUCCAGUGUGUCAUCAACAAAAUGAUUUUUUGGUAUAGCUUGUCGUAAUGGCAGUUUAAGCAAUAAAAAGUUGCCGAGA